AUGGCUAUUGUUGCUUCUUCUUCUUCUUCUGCUGUCGUGAUCAACAAUGAAGUCUUUAUCAGUUUCAGAGGGGACACUCGUAAGAACUUCACUAGUCAUCUUUACUCUGCCUUAUGCCGGAAACACAUUCGGACCUACAAAGAUGAUCCGAAUCUGGAGAGAGGAGAUAAAAUUUCACCUGUACUUUCGAGAGCAAUUGAGGAAUCGAAGAUUUCAAUAGUCGUCUUCUCGAAAGAGUAUGCUUCUUCUAGAUGGUGCUUGGAUGAGCUCGUGCACAUUCUCAGAUGCAAGAAUGAAAGAGGUCAGAUUGUUUUACCCGUCUUUUACAACAUCGAUCCGUCGGAUAUUAGAAAACAGAAGGGAAGUUAUGCUAUUGCCUUUGCCGCACACGAAGAAUGUUUCGAGCCGAACAAAGUGAUGGAGUGGAGAAAUGCUUUGACUGCUGCAGCUGAUCUAUCUGGCUUUCAUUCAAAAGAUGAGUAUGAGUCGGAAUUAAUUGAGAAGAUUGUGGAAGAUAUAUGGAGAAAAUUAAAUCGUUUGCCACAAAUUGCUAUGGAUUCUAAGGGUCUUGUUGGAAUAGAUGAAUGCCUUGAGGAAAUUGAAUCAUUGCUAUGCAAACCAAAUCAUCGUGGCAUAGGCCUUUGGGGGAUGGGUGGUAUAGGCAAGACUACUUUGGCUCGCGCUAUUUUCAAUCGGUACUUUUAUCAAUUUAAAAGUCACUGCUUUCUUGAAAAUGUUAGAGAAAAUACGCAGAAAUAUGGACUGGCUCAUCUAGAAAUCAAAUUGUUUUCAACGCUAUUGGAUCUAAGAAAUCUAGAAACAGUCGACCACUUUGUGAGAAAUAGACUCAUAGGUAAAAAAGUACUGAUUGUUCUUGAUGAUAUUGAUGAUAUAGACCAGCUGGAGAAAUUGAUUGGAGAUGGUAGUUGGUUUGGUGAGGGAAGUAAAAUCAUCAUAACAACAAGAGACAAACAAGUGAUUUUGAGUGCUGACAAGGAAGUAUAUGAAGUUAAACAAUUAGAUUUUGAGAAAGCACUUCAACUCUUUCAGUUCAAUGCCUUUAGAACAAAGCCUUCCACGACAUUUUUGGAGCUGUCAAGAGCGUUACUAGAUCUAAGUAACUGCAAUAUAGUAGAAAUUCCAGUUUGGCUGAGCCUUUUAUCCUCGUUAACUGAAUUAGAUCUAAGCGGGAACCCAUUUGAGAAUAUACCAUCAAGCAUCAUACAACUUCAUCGGCUGAACACACUUGGCAUUGACAAUUGCAAGAAGCUCCGAUCUUUGCCACAACUUCCAUCGUCUGUUAGCUUUCUUAAUGCAAGUGGGUGUACUUCUCUGGAGACAAUAUCAAGUUCCGGGUGCUAUGGAUUCAACAUGCGGCAUGAAGAAGCACGUCAUGAAAUUAACGUAUGUUAUCCGGGAAAUGAAAUUCCAAAGUGGUUCAGGCAUCAAGAUGAGGGAAUUUCAACAACUAUGAAGCUUCCCCAUGGUUGGCAUAAUUCUAAUUUGAUGGGUUUUGCCAUUUGCAUUGUUGGUCCAAUAAUCCCAGAUUGGAGUUGGGUUGGUAUAUGCAUGCAAAUGAUUGAUUAUGUGAUUGAGGAGAAGGAAUCAGCUGCUAUCAAGAAUGACUCUGCUAUUAUCUAUCUAGGAACCGGAGCAAUCGAAGGAAUAUACCUUGACAUGUUUAAGAUUGAUGAUGAUCUACACUUGGAACCUACGGUUUUCGACAAGAUGCAUAGACAGAGAUUGCUCAAGAUAUACGAUCAUUUCUAUGAUCAUAAAUUCAAAAUAUAUCUUACACAAGGUUUGGAGUUUCUCCCUCCUUCCCUAAGAUAUCUUUGCUGGUAUAACUACCCAUUAAAAUCUUUGCCAUCAAAUUAUAAGGGGAAAAAUCUUGUUGAACUUGACAUACCCUGUAGCGAGCUAAAGCAACUUUGGAGUGGUGCACAGUUUAUAGAUAUCCUUGUGACGGCCCUCCUAUGA